AUGAAAUUAAUAACAGGUAGUUUAAGACAACAUUUAAAUAACAACUUCAUUUCACAUGAUUGGAACCAAAAGUUGAGUAAUUUAUGUUUUAUUGCAAUUGGUCUUAUAGAUAUUCAUGAUAAAGGAUUAAUUCAUCAUGAUUUUCAUUGUGGGAAUAUAUUAAGUAAUUUUGAUAAUUAUACUUAUAUUACUGAUUUGGGAUUAUGUCAACCAGCUAAUAUAGAACAUUCUCAGAGUAAUAAUAAGAAAAUAUAUGGAGUACUACCUUAUAUGGCUCCAGAAGUUUUAAGGGGAAAAGAAUAUACCCAAAAAAGUGAUAUUUAUGGAUUUGGAAUCAUUGCAUAUGAAAUUUGUACAGGUUUCCCUCCUUAUCAUGAUAUAGCUCAUGAUGAAUUCUUAGCAAUGAAAAUUUGUCAGGGGUUGAGGCCAAAAUCUAAUUAUAAAGUUCCACAAUUAAUUGUUGAUAUUAUUAAUCAAUGUUGGGAUGCAGACCCUUUAAAACGACCUAAUGCAGAAGAAUUACAUAAGUUAAUUAUUGGCUUAAUGCAUAGUCUCAAUCCAAUGGAUUUUUAUAGGCAAGCCAAAGAAGCAGAUGAAAUUAAUAAAAAGUCAUUUUCAACAGUUCAAUCACCAUUAUCAUUUACUAGUACACUCUCAUAUACAACACAUCCUCAAGCAGUUUACACAAGUAGACUUUUAGAUUUUAAAAACCUUCCAGAACCAAAAAAUGCAGACAACAAUGAUUUAGAAUAUUCAGAUUCUUUAAAAAUGGAUUUUACUAAACCUGAUAUUAAUCCUGAAGAUGAAAGUAAUUAAAACACAUUUUACUUGGAAUAAAAUUAUUAAUAUAUACUAAAAAUAUAAUUUAUACCUUUUUUUUAAAAAUUAUUUUUUUAUUUUGAACUUGGUGAUAGAUCGAGGAACAUUUGAUGGAAUAUAGUAAGGCUUCAUUCAUUAUAUUAUCUAUUAUACAACAUUGUAGUAAGAUUAAUAAAUUUAAAAAUCUUUAACAAAUUUUAUUAAAUUAUAUUGUCUAAAAUUAAUAAUAAAUAUAUCACCAAUAUUUCACUUGUAAUAAAUUAGUAUUGUGGUUUCUAAACAAGGGAACUAAGUUUAUUGUAAAAACUACUAUUCAGUGAUACCUUACCCUUUAUUACUGUAUAACACAAUCACUAAAAGUUCU